AUGACCGACGACCAUGAGGUCCAAAGUGGCCUCAAUUCUCACGUGGAGAAAAGGGCAGAAGAGGUUCAUCAACUGGCCAGGCAGUUCACCGAGCAGAGCACCUUUUCUACCCACGGACAGAACCCCUUUGCUGCCGAGGCAGGAUCAGCCUUGGAUCCUAACGGUAAAGGCUUCAAUGCUUUAUCAUGGUGCAAGGCCAUGCUACAUGUUCACACCGAGGAUAAACAGGCCCAUCCGUUGCGAACCCUUGGAAUCGCCUUUAGCAAUCUCAAUGUACACGGUUUUGGUUCCGACACAGAUUACCAGAAAAGCGUCGGCAAUGUCUGGUUCGAAGUGCUAGGUCUGGCAAGGAAAGCGCUCGGUACUCAUAGCCAGCGCAGAAUACAAAUUUUGCAGAGUCUGGAGGGUGUCGUGGAGGCUGGCGAGAUGCUGGUGGUUCUUGGUCCUCCUGGCUCGGGAUGCUCGACCUUCUUGAAGACGAUCGCUGGGGAGACGUAUGGUUUCCAUGUUGAUAAUGAAUCUAGUAUCAAUUUUCAAGGCGUGAGCGCGAAGCAGAUGGCCCACGAAUUCCGAGGCGAAGCUAUAUACGCCGCCGAGCUCGACAUCCACUUCCCAAAGCUCACCGUCGGAGAUACUCUUUACUUUGCGGCGCGCGCCCGAGCACCAAGGCACAUCCCUGGCGGGGUGAGUGUGGCUCAGUAUGCCAGCCACAAGCGUGACGUGAUAAUGGCCAUGCUUGGUAUUAGUCACACUAAGAACACGAUCGUCGGAAACGACUUCAUUCGUGGUGUAUCUGGUGGUGAACGCAAGCGAGUCAGUAUUGCCGAAGCUUGCCUCAGUAGUGCUCCCCUGCAAUGUUGGGAUAACUCCACCCGUGGCCUUGACAGCGCAAAUGCCAUUGAGUUUUGCAAGGCUCUGCGUAUACAGGCAGAUAUCAACGGUGCCACUGCUUGUGUCUCGCUAUAUCAAGCCCCUCAAGCCGCAUACAACCAUUUCGACAAGGUGCUGGUAUUAUACGAAGGUCGCCAGAUCUACUUCGGUCGGACAGACACCGCGAAGCAAUACUUUAUUGACAUGGGCUUUGCCUGCCCCGAGCGACAAACCGAUGCAGACUUCCUAACAUCGAUGACUAGUCACCUCGAGCGUGUCGUACAGCCAGGUUACGAAGGCCGCGUGCCUCGAACACCUGAUGAAUUCGCUGCACGAUGGCAGGCCUCACCACAGCGAGCACGACUUCUGCAAGACAUCGAAAACUACAAUACAAAGUUCAUGCUGAAUGGAGAGUUCCUGAACAAGUUCAGACAUUCUCGCCGAGCUCAGCAAGCCCGGGUCCAGCACGUAUCCUCACCUUACACUUUAUCCUAUGCACAACAGGUUAAUCUGUGCCUAUGGCGCGGAUACCAACGCCUGAAAGCCGAUCCCAGUGUCACGAUAUCGUCGUUGUUUGGAAAUGUUAUUACUGCUCUUGUAAUUGCCAGUAUCUUCUACAACCUCAAGCCCAAUACCAGCACCUUCUUUCAGCGCGGUGCCCUUCUAUUCUUUGCUUGUCUCAUCAAUGCCCUUGGUUGCGGACUGGAAAUGCUGACUCUAUAUGCGCAACGAGGAAUCGUAGAGAAGCACUCGCGAUAUGCUCUCUACCAUCCAUCAGCCGAAGCAAUUUCAUCAAUGAUCAUGGACUUGCCGUACAAGGUCCUCAAUGCCAUCCUUUCGAAUACAGUUCUCUACUUCAUGACCAACUUGAGGCGAGAACCUGGGGCUUUCUUUUUCUUUAUUUUCACUUCCUUCAUUCUGACGCUAACGAUGUCCAUGUUCUUCCGGUCUAUGGCAUCUUUAACGAGAUCUCUUGUUCAAGCUUUGCCCUUCUGCGCGGUCGUCCUUCUCGGGCUCUAUUCUUAUACUGGGUUUGCGAUCCCGACAGGGUAUAUGCUCGGGUGGGCGCGAUGGAUUGCGUAUCUUAAUCCUAUCAACUAUGGCUUUGAGUCCCUCCUGAUCAAUGAGUUCCACAACCGUGACUUUCAGUGCAUAGCAUAUGUCCCAUCGGGUCCUAGCUACAUGGACCUUCAAUCUAGGAACCAUGUCUGCUCUACCGUCGGAUCUGUACCCGGUCAAGCAUUUGUCAAUGGCGAUGCCUACAUCCAAUCAGCAUAUGACUACAACGUCUCGCACAAAUGGAGAAAUGUUGGGAUUAUACUCGCCUUCAUGCUCGUUCUUGGAGCCAUCUAUCUGGUCGCCACUGACUUGGUCACUGAAAAGAAAUCCAAGGGCGAGAUCCUAGUGUUUCCCCGCGGGCAUGUGGCACUCAAGAGUGGUAAGCCUGAUGACUUCGAAGGGGGCAGUGACCACAGUGCUUUUAAAGAGAAGCCUAAGUCCGACCCUGAUGACCCUAUGAUGAUCGAAAGCCAAACUGCAAUAUUCCAGUGGAAGAAUGUUUGUUUCGACAUCAAGAUCGGGAAAGAGAAUCGCAGGAUCCUUGACCACGUUGAUGGAUGGGUCAAGCCAGGGACCUUAACCGCUCUGAUGGGGGUCUCUGGUGCUGGGAAGACCACACUCCUGGAUGUUCUAGCUGCACGUACUACUUUGGGCGUGAUCAGCGGAGAAAUGCUUGUCGAUGGUAAACCGCGGGAUGAAUCUUUUCAACGCAAGACUGGCUAUGCCCAGCAACAAGAUCUGCAUUUGAGCACUGCCACAGUGCGCGAGGCACUUGAGUUCUCAGCUCUUCUCCGUCAACCUGCUCAUGUUCCUCGCGGAGAAAAGAUCAAUUAUGUGACCGACGUUAUCAAACUACUUGAUAUGGCAGACUUUGCUGAUGCUGUUAUCGGCGUCCCUGGAGAAGGCCUUAAUGUUGAGCAACGGAAACGUCUCACCAUCGGGGUAGAGCUUGCGGCAAGACCGGCCCUGCUUCUGUUCUUGGAUGAGCCCACGUCGGGGCUCGAUUCCCAGACAUCCUGGGCCAUCCUUGAUCUCCUCAAUAAACUGAGGAAUAACGGCCAAGCGAUUUUGUGCACCAUCCAUCAACCGUCUGCUAUGCUGUUCCAGCGUUUUGACCGUCUCCUCUUUCUUCAAGCCGGUGGUCAAACCGUAUACUUUGGAGACAUCGGUCAGAACUCGCAUAUUCUGAUUGAUUACUUCGUGCGCAACGGUGCCCCUCCCUGUCCCCCAGCAGCUAAUCCUGCUGAAUGGAUGCUUGAUGUGAUCGGUGCCGCUCCUGGUUCCCACACGGAAAUCGAUUGGUUCGAGACAUGGCGUAAUUCCCCAGAAUACGCACAAGUACAAUCGCAUCUCACCUCACUGAAGCACGAACGCUCCCAGCAAAUUCCACUGGCCUGCGUUAGCUCCGGCACAGAGCGCGAGGACAGAGACAGUUAUCGCGAAUUUGCUGCCCCUUUCUUCGCCCAGCUCCGUGAAGUUCAAAUCCGAGUCUUCCAGCAAUUCUGGCGCUCUCCCAUCUACAUCUACUCUAAGGCAAUUCUCUGUGUCUUGCCCGCUCUAUUCGUCGGCUUCUCUCUCUUCAACACCCCCAACACAAUCCAGGGCCUGCAGAACCAAAUGUUCAGUAUUUUCCUAUUACUCAUCCAGUUCGGGCAACUCAUCCAACAAAUCAUGCCACAUUUCGUCACCCAGCGAGCAUUAUACGAAGUCCGAGAGCGGCCGUCGAAGACCUACUCCUGGAAAGUCUUCAUGCUCAGCAAUAUCGGUGUCGAGCUUUUCUGGAACUCACUCAUGUCUAUCUUCAUGUUUCUGUGCUGGUACUACCCUAUCGGGAUGUAUCGCAACGCGGAACCCACCGACACAGUACACCUGCGGGGCGCGCAGAUGUGGCUGCUAAUCUGGACUUUCCUGCUUUUCUCGUCUACCUUUGCCCAUUUCAUGAUCGCUGCGCUCGACGCCGCAGAGAACGCCGGAAAUCUGGGGAGUUUCCUGCUGUUACUCUGCCUGCUCUUCUGCGGGGUGCUCGCAACCCCAGCCCAGCUGCCCGGGUUUUGGAUCUUCAUGUACCGCGUCUCCCCAUUCACGUAUCUGGUCAGUGGGAUGCUAUCCGUGGGAAUCGCGGACACGACCGUCACCUGCGCCGACAAUGAGUAUCUGAGAUUUGACCCAGUCAACACGACCUGCGGUCAGUACAUGGCGCCGUACAUGGCUCAGAUGGGCGGAUAUUUGCAAGAGGAGAACGCGACGGCGGGCUGUCGCUUCUGCCCGGUUGCGGACACGAAUUCGUAUCUGCACGCGGUAGGGGCUAGCUAUGCGGAUGUCUGGAGGAACUUUGGGCUCAUGUGGGUUUUCAUCGCGACGAAUGUUUUGGCUGCAUGUCUGUUGUACUGGUGGACGAGGGUGCCGAGAGUUCGGAAGAAGCCGGUUGUGGAUCCUAAGGUUUGA